GUAGCGAGGUAGCUCAUUGGCUCAACGUCACACCGCUGUGUCUUGUUUAUAGCUCGUUACGUUAACAAUGUUCAUAUUUAUGCUAAGUAUAGUGCCAACACUUGAGCGGAGUCUGUGAACAUGGGUGUCGCAGAUAAAACGUGGCGUACGUUCUGUCUUUUCUCGCUGUUGUUUACGUAGCUCUCCUCUCUAUCAAGACUUAUUAUUUCCGCUCUUAGCACCAACCAUCGCACGCGCUACCAUCCCGUCUACGAUGUGCAGGGAGGGGGACGAGCUGCAGGACGACUGCGGCUCCCGGGAGGAGUGGACCCUCCUCUUCUGGACCUCUCUGGCCGUCAUCGUGCCGGUUAUCAUCACCCUGUGGUGCAGCGCCCAGCGCUCCAAGCGGAAAACGCACAUGAAGGAUUUCUUCCGAAAGAGCAAGCAUGGCUGGCAUUACACGGACCUGUUCAACAAGCCCACCUACUGCUGCGUCUGUUCUCAGCACAUCCUGCAAGGGGCUUUCUGCGACUGCUGCGGUGUGUGUGCAGACGAGAUGUGCCUUCGCCGGGCGGACCGCAGCCUGCCGUGCAAGGAGAUCAUGGCCCCCUCCGGCCCUGAUGGAGCCAUGGAGCACCGCUGGGUCCGCGGAAACGUCCCAUUGGCCAGCUAUUGUAGAGUGUGCAAACAGCAGUGUGGAACCCAGCCGAAGCUCUGUGACUUCAGGUGUGUGUGGUGUCAGACCACAGUGCACGAUGACUGCAUGGAGAGUUUGGAGGACGCAGACCAGUGUGACCUGGGCGAGUUCCACAGCCUCAUCAUCCCUCCUCACUACCUCUAUCGUGUCAACAAGCUCCGCCGGCGGCAUCCCGAGGAGUACAGCAAGCUGGCUUCUUCAUGCGGCAGUGGCUGGACACCAGUGUUGGUCUUAGCAAACACACGAAGUGGGAACAACAUGGGAGAGGCUCUGCUGGGAGAGUUUCGCACCCUGCUGAAUCCAGUGCAGGUGUUUGACCUGUCUGAGCUGACUCCCCCCAAAGCCCUCCAGCUGUGCACCCUGCUGCCCCCCAGUAGUGUCAGGGUGCUUGUGUGUGGGGGUGAUGGCACAGUGGGCUGGGUGCUGGAUGCCAUUGAUACCAUGAAGUUAAAGGGCCAAGAUCAGUUUAUCCCGAGGGUGACCAUCCUGCCCCUGGGAACAGGAAAUGACCUCUCCAACACUUUAGGCUGGGGUGCUGGGUAUGCAGGAGAGAUCCCUGUGGAGCAGGUUCUCAGAAACAUCCUCGAUGCAGAAGUGGUUAAAAUGGACAGAUGGAAAGUGCAGGUGGCUUCAAAAGGCCUCUACUUCCGCAAGCCGAAGGUUUUGUCCAUGAACAAUUACUUCUCUGUGGGUCCUGAUGCUCUCAUGGCGCUCAACUUUCACACACACCGCGAGAAAACUCCCUCCUUCUUCUCCAGCCGGAUCAUCAACAAGGCUGUGUAUUUUCUGUAUGGAACCAAAGAUUGUUUAGUGCAGGAAUGUAAAGAUCUGGAUAAGAGGAUUGAGCUGGAGCUGGAUGGAGAGAGAGUUGUGCUGCCCAGUCUGGAGGGCAUAAUCGUCUGCAACAUUGGUUACUGGGGUGGAGGCUGCAGACUCUGGGAGGGUAUGGGUGAUGAGCCCUGCCCCCCUACACGGCUGGAUGAUGGUCUGCUGGAGGUUGUGGGUGUGUUUGGCUCCUUCCACUGUGCUCAGAUCCAAGUCAAGCUGGCCAAUCCUGUGCGGCUGGGGCAGGCUCACACUGUCAGGCUGGUUCUCAAGAACUCCAAGAUGCCCAUGCAGGUGGAUGGGGAGCCAUGGGCCCAGGGUCCCUGCACCAUCACCAUCACCCACAAAACCCAAGCCCUCAUGCUGUACCACAGCGCGGAGCAGACAGAUGAUGACGAUGACGAAUCAAGCGCCUCUGAGACAGAGAGCCCGACCCCACACGACUCACCGCGUCCUCCAGGGCCAGCAUCCGCUCGUGCAUGAACCCCGCUGAACUUCACUCAAUCUGAAGCUCUCUUUAUCUCUUUUGUUCCCGUUAAAGCCCACUUUCCAAUUAUCCCUCAUUUGCUACGGCUCUUACUCGCCAUCCUCUGAGAUCUUUGUAUGGGCUUAAUCCUCAGAUCACAUUGAUGAGAAUAGGUCUACAUUUUCCUGUGUAACCGUUCAUUUAUUCUCAACAAGCUCUCAGCUGUUAGAAGCUUGGUUUGGAAUUGGGCUGGUGUGAUUUGCUUUUUAGUACCUUCUGUCUGCCAUUUAUUGCACCCCACAGCUCAGGCAGUCCUGUCCCCUCAGGUGGGACAGUCAGGAGGAGGUUUAUGUUUUGGUGACAGGUUGCUGUUUAUUGCACUGAUCCUUUGUGCCAUAGAUAUCUGUAGUAAGCUACACUGUACUCAUUAUAAUGUACCCGGUGCAGCCCUGCUGGCAGCAGGGAGCCUUUUUUUAACAAGUUGCUUAAGGUUGAUUGACUGAACUCAUUUAAAGCCACAGCAGGGGAUGAGAAAGCAAUGCAGGACGUGGAGAUCUGGCUCAAGUGGUGUGCAAUGCUUUACUGUUUAUAAGUGAUUUUUUUUAGACACCAAUAAGAGCACAAACAAUCAGCACACACAUUUUAAACUCCAGUUAAUGAAAUAUUAAACUGAGUCCUUAAAUUGUCCUUCUAGGCUUCUCAGCACAACACUGAUAGUUUUUUAAGUAUCUGGUACAUUUCUCUCACAUUGAAAGUCUGCCUAAGGCGUGCUUAGACAAAUCCAAGGACUGAUUUGUGUGUGCUGCCAUGUAGUGGUGGCUGCCAUAACUGCGGUGGCAACUCACUGCUAAUGAUGACAGCAGCAUAGACAAUUGCAGCAAAGAUGUUAAACAGAUGAUAGAGGUGCCUUAAUCUAACAAUUAUUUGCAUUUGACAUAUAUUAUGAUUUGAUUUGGAGAAAUGAAGAAAAAAUUUGACCUUCAGCCACAUGUUUGUGCUGAAGAGCAGUUUAUUAUUAUUUAGCUAGUUUGCUAAACAAUAGAUCACAGCUGCAUUUAAUUGUGGCAGCACUUUUUUCACAAAUCUUCAUUCAAGUUUUUUUUUUUAAGUUGGAUUGUAUAAGGUUUAGAAGCUGGGCUAUACAGUGUAACAGAUGGGUACAGUUUUUCAGAGUAAUUUAGUGAGUGUUAAAUAAAAAUGGGCCAAAAACACAAUACUGGCUCAAUUGCGUACUGAAAUGAAAAAUUUUUAAGCUCAGCAAGAAGAGAAAACUAUCUGCUCAAAACUUAGUACCGCUUUGGCUUCAUUAAAACAGCCAAAUAUAGCAGUGUUAUGACUUAUGAUUGAUAUUUGUGUGGGUAUUUUACUCCCAAUUGUGCUUAAAAUGUAAUUUAUGAAUAUCUCACAAGAUUAAUUUCUGAAAUAUUCUGCCUCCCUUAAACACCUUACAGGCUGUAUGACACACUUGGUAAUAACCAAGCACAGGUCCUUAGUGUGUUGUGUGGAGAAAAGAUCAUCCCUAACCGGCUCUGAAACAGGAUCCAGAUCCCAUUGUUCACAUUAAGGACCUGGCUCUUUAAACUGACUCAUGAAUGAAUGACACAUCACUAAAAUUCAAGCACAGAUGCAGAUAUUUUAGAAUCAAUGAGUAAUUAUGUUUAAGUAUCUUGAUGUCAAUAAGAAAAAUCAAGGUUAUUUUCUUUUUUCUUUCAACACUUUUAAUUUGAGUUUUGGCACUUAAUUAACAAAAGUUUCCCCACUUGUUACAGUGAAUGUGUGCAUUCUGUCAUUGGCAAACCAGAGAGAUAACAAAGAUAACAAAGGUGGUAACAAUAGUAAGAGUAAGAAAUAAUGGUAUUGAAGACAAACCAACAACUAAAAAAUAAAUAAACCAAUGAAUCAAUAAUGAAAAAAAAAUAAUAAUAAUAUAAAAGAUAGAAGAAUGAUCAAGAUUAUGAUGUUUUGCCAUAACUUAGCAUCCUGAAGAGAAAGUAAUGUUAAAAGUAGAAAAGUUCAGUCAGCUUUCAUUCAAACUCAAAGCUGAUGAGGUGAGAUGCCAUCGUAGCAAUGGAGGCUUGUCAGCUUGUUUUUCCUUGGCUUUGUCUACACACCAAAUAGGAGUAAGGGUUCUUUUACAGCGCUAUAAUGUGUUGUAAAUCACUGGACUUAAUGCUGGUUUGUUUACUUCAUGAUGCACUGCCUCAAAUAGCUCAUUGAACCGUUUAAUUGUACUUAGAUGCAGUCUUGACACUAUAUUCAACUUUCCUGUAAAGGCUACAGGAAACCGCCUGACUUUUUGUUCUGAAAUUACUUUCAAGUUGUUCGGAGGAUCCGUUUGCCUAAUUGUGAAGCCUUUUGUGUUUCCUCUCUUUACCUUAUCCCUGCUGUUUACAUAUUUCUGUGCUGCACUGUUUUGGCACUUAUACUGAUAUUUAAUGAUGUUUAGGACAUAGGACAUGCAUGGUCAUGAUAUUGACCUUUGAUGUUGCUGCAGUCAGUGAUAACUGCUGAUGAGAUUAAGCUCUCCUUUGUGUUUUAUGUUAUUCAAGUAACCCUCUUCCUUUUCAUCUUUUUUGUUUGGCCAAAUAGUCACCACCGGGUGGCACACUAGAACAGAAUUUUAUUGUAGACCGGCCGAGUGGAGUUGAUUGCCUACCAUAGCAGGUUAAUGUUAAAGCUCCUAUGAGGAUUUUAGUCUGAUAUGAAACAGACAAAUAAUUUCACUGCCUCUUUAAGGCCUUUAAAAGCAAAAGAAAGACCACUAGCACAAUGCACAAUUAUUUCUGUAUUAUUUUAAAGGGGAUAUAUUAACAAAAUGUGAAAUGAGCCUUUGUUAAUAGUCCUUUGUCGGGUAAUAUAAAAUCUGUGGUCUGUCUGCAGAUCCUCAAUUGUCCACUUGAGGCUGGCUGCAAAGCAACACAAGUUACAUAAACAUCCAAUGUUAAAAUGACAUUUUUCACAGCAGAAAUAAACACUUACAGCUGAGUUCAAAAUUGGUUUUGGUCAGAAUAGUUCAUGCCUGUAGCCACACCUGAAACACCAUUUAGACUGUUUCAUAAAUCUGUUGUAUAGGAUAUAUUCAACAUUCAUAUGGGAAAGUGCCCAUAAUGUUUGUGAAGGACAGAACUUUUGAAGAAAAAUCCUGUAAAGUGAUUGGACAAUGUUCUGACUGUAACUUUCAUUAUGAGCCAAUAGGCGAGACAAAAUAAGGAGUGGACGUGCAGCUCUUAUAGUAACAUGAGCUCUACAGACAGGCGCUGUUGCAGGUUACAAAAUGUGGGGUUUGUUGGAUAAAGCUGCAGAGGCUGGUCAGCAGAGGACAAAAACAUCUCUGUCCAGAGAAGCUUUCAGUGUGGUUGUGCGCCCUUUAUUUAAUGAAGAAAUGUUGCCCAGUUUUGAUAAAGCUGCCACUAUACUAAAGCUUCAGCCAAGCUAAUUGCUCCACCAGUAGAGCCACUGUACAUAUCGGCGUACAGUACAAAUAAACCCUUCCAAUAGUUAUCACAAAACCAUGCAGAAGAAGGAAAAGGGCAAAAACAUAAUUUUCUCCAUGUAAAGCUUUCAGUGCUGUUUUUGCUCUUUAUUUAAUGAAGAAAUGUGGUCUUUGAUAAAACUGUCAAACUGCCUCAUUCUCCUCAGAUGACGCUGAUUGGUCAGGCCCAUUUUUUAGAUCUGGCACAAUCGUUUCAGAUUAGAGCUUUGUGAAAUGGAUCUGCCUGAUGACAGACAUGGAAUCUGGCCGAUCCAUUGGCUUUGCAAGGAAUUCAAUUUUUUUUAUAUAUAUAUAGCUUUUCUAUUUUGGUUUAAAUAAUGAUAUUGAGUUUUGCAUAGUUAGGGACUGGUGUAACUGCAUCCCAGCAUAAUUUACCUGGAGGAGUCAGAAGACCCACCUCAGAUCCACCCUUUUUUGUGUUCGUAGUUUGAUCUAAAGUUUGCAAAGAAGACAACAUUUCAAUAUAGCGCCCGCUGUGGAUUGGACUCAGAAACACCCAUCGGUAGUCCAAUGUAACUUAGGGUUAGCGAUGUUCCUAGGCCUUUUAUUUUCCCAUCUGAUUAAACAUGAUAGCAUUUAGCUAACUAGUCCAAAAUCAAAUAAAUACCUUCCCAAAAGCAUCUUCACACUGCAACGGUAAAACAACAUCUGUAAAGUUGGUUUGUAGAAUGUGGUGAAUGAAAAGGAGCUUAUCUGCAUUUAAAGACACCAAAACUGACUGUUUAGAGAAAGGCUGUUAACUGCCGGUUCAGGGUCAAAACCUCCUCUGGUGAUUUAUUAUUUUGACCAAAGCAUGGCACAGACAUACCAUUAUAGCCUUAUAUUACCACAUGAGACUGUGUUAAAAGGUGAAAAAGCGGUAUGACAUGUCAUCUUCAAUACCUGAAACUAUUCUCAUGGGGUAGGCGGCAAAGGAAAUCAUUUCCAGCAUGUUAAAGAAACAGUGAGCAACUUUUAAAUGUAAUAGGACAGUCAGAUGAAAAUGUUUUGUUGGAAAACUCCAUCAAUGCAUACAAUGAGAUCAUCCAAGAGAAAAGAUGAUUGCUUUUCCCCAAAAUCAACACAAACCAAAAAUUCCUCACAGGAGCUUUAAUGCCAUCAGAGAUAUGUGUAUAGACUUUACCAGGGUGUAUGCAGGCGAUGUUGAUGUGUUCCUUGGUUGCUUUGUUUUUGCACUCUACAUUAUGAGUGCUGGAGGUUAUUUGGCUCUCUGUUGUAUAGCAUUUUUUUUCUGUAUAUAGAUUUCUUUAACCAUUUGACACGGUCCUGUAUAUUUCAGAAUGGUUGCUUGGUGCUCAGAGCCAUAUCAGAAAAGUCUACAGAUUGUCAGUAGGUGAUUUUGUUUGAAUGCCAGAGCAAAUGUUCACUCAUAGGCCAACUGAGUAUGGUUUUAGCCAUGUGAUGUCUAUGCUUUUGGCAGAGAACCAAGCCUAAUAGUGUCAUUACUCUGUUUGUUUGGUGAAUGUUGUGUCUAAAGGACACUCGUCUGAUCUUUUACCUUUACUCAUCCAUGUUUACUAUCGUUUAAUUGCACUGUCAGGUUUUCAGUACACUAGCAGCAUGGCUCUAGCUUAAAGCUUUGUAUUCAAAUGAGAUAUCAGCAGGAUGAAUUGUUGUAUAUUUCUGUCUUAACAUUGAG